AUGCCUGGCGUCGCCAAGGUCGAUCCAAAUUGUGCCAUCUGCCGCGCGCCAGCGAACCACGGAUGUCAAUGCGAGGCUCAUGCCUUUGAGGUGGCUGUUGCCCAAGCCGAAGAAAGGUUCUUCAAACCUACUCUCGACGAUAUCCGCGCUUGGGUCCGCCAGCGCGCCAAGGACUACAUCCUCGCCUACUUCCACCUCAUCUCGGAGCCGUGCAAGGACGCCUACGCGAUGCACCUCGACGCCAUCAAGGAGACCCUGACAGCGCGCAAGGCCGCGCCCACGCCCGACGUCUUUGCCCGCGCCGAGGCCGAGUACCGCCGCAACAUCGACCGCGCCUGGUCCCUCGCCGUCAAGCGCUACCCCGAGGUCCUCGGCUACUUCUACUCCCUCGUCCACGUCUCCCUGCCGGCCGACCGCGACGUCGCCGUCAUGCACCCGCCCAUGGACCGCCUCGGCGACCUCAAGCACGCCCAGCGCCGCAUGCUCCUUCCCCAGCACGAGGCCCCCACGCCCUCGUUCCCCAUGCCGCCGCUGCCGCCACCGCCGAAGUUUGCGCCGCUCCCGCCCCCGGCAUAUGUGCCCAACGCCGCGCAGUGGCAGACGCCGCCGCCGUCGCCGCCGCAUUAUUACGGGCCUAAAGCCCCUUGGUGA